ACGGAUCGGAGCUGUGUGCGUCACUACUUGCCUGCCACUCGAUCAGCAGUAGGCCCACAGCUCACUCGCAACCACUCACCAAGCUAGCGGAAGCAAAGCAGAGCAGCGGUCGCCGGCCGGGCACGAUACCAGCGUCGCGAGAGAGAGAGAGGAUGGCGUUCAUGCGGUACCGCGCGCUGCCGCGGGGGGAGCUAACAGCGGAGGAGUUCCGGGCGUGGCUGGCGCAGUUCGACGCGGACAGCGACGGGCGGAUCAGCAGGGAGGAGCUGCGGCACGCGCUGCGGAGCCUCAACGUGCGGUUCGCGUGGUGGAAGGCGAGGGGCGGCGUGCGCGCCGCCGACGCCGACCGCGACGGCGGCGUGCAGCUGGGGGAGGACGAGGUGGCCCGCCUCUUCGCCUUCGCGCAGAGCCACCUCCGCGUCAAGAUCGCCCAGCUCGGGUACUACUAGUACUGCUGAUCCGUCGUCGGCCGAUCGAUCGGCCAAUAUGGAGGCAUGGAGCAUAUGGCAUCGAUCGAUGGGUUUGUCACUACUCGAUCGUCACUUGUUUGUCACAGCUGGGUGGGUUGGAUGUGUUGUUGCUACUUUUUUUUUUUCUCUCACGUCCGGGUGGAUGUGUGUUGUUACUUAUUGUUACGUACUGCUGUUUGGUCAAAACACAUUGAACGCAAACGCAAACGGGAA